GAGCUCGACAUUCCCCUCGAUCCUCAAGAAAUGGCGGCCUCCACCACCGUACCCACCGUCUCGGACAUCGAAGUCCCAGAGACCCUCCUCAAGAAACGAAAGCAAAAUGAAAAGGCCCGUGAGGAGCGUUUGGUGAAGGCGGAUGCUGCUCGCAAGGCAGCCAAGGCCAAGCGCAAGGUCAUCUUCAAGCGGGCUGAGACUUACGUGAAGGAUUACCUGUCGAAGGAGCGGGAGGAGAUCCGCCUGAAGCGGGCUGCGCGCGCAUCAGGCGACUUUUAUGUUCCUGCCCAGCCGAAGGUCUAUUUUGUUGUGCGGAUUCGGGGUAUCAACGAGAUUGCGCCAAAACCACGCAAGAUUUUGCAGCUCCUCCGCCUUUUGCAGAUCAACAACGGUGUUUUCGUACGAGUGACGAAGGCAACGCAGCAAAUGCUUCGCCUGGUCGAACCUUACGUGACUUAUGGCGAGCCAAAUUUAAAGACCGUUCGUGAGCUGAUCUACAAGCGCGGCUACGGCAAGGUCGACAAACAGCGCAUCCCCCUGUCCAACAACGCUGUCAUCGAGGAAUCCCUUGGCAAAUAUGACAUCCUAUCUGUCGAGGACCUCGUUCACGAGAUCUUCACCGUUGGUCCCAACUUCAAGCAGGCUGCCAACUUCCUCUGGCCAUUCAAACUUUCUAACCCCACUGGCGGCUGGAGGAUCCGGAAGUUCAAGCACUACGUGGAGGGCGGUGACUUUGGUAACCGGGAGGACAACAUCAACAAGCUCAUCCGACAGAUGAACUAGGUUAGGUGUCUUGGAUGAUGGUUGGGUGGAGCACUAUGGGGUCGAUGUAGUUGAGGCCCGCCCGCUUUUUAUGGUAUGCAUGGCAUGGAUCGUAUUCAUCUCCUUUCCGCCCUUUUUCACUUGCUUUCUGUGCCUGUAUGUCAAUAUGAUGCAUAGUAAAAGACAUAGCCAAUC